AUGGAAGAAGCAAAUAAGACUGUGGUGUCUGAGUUUAUUUUUCAGGGACUUUGCACAUCAAGGGAGCUACAGAUCUUCCUCCUGAUGCCAUUUUCUGCCCUCUACCUGAUGACUGUGAUAGGCAACCUCUUUGUUGUGAUAUUAAUCAUCAUUGAUCGUCAUCUCCACUCUCCAAUGUACUUUCUUUUAGCUCAUCUCUCCUUUAUUGACUUCUGCCUCUCCUCAGUUACAACUCCCAAACUGACCACAGACCUCUUAAAAGGUAAUAAAACAAUUUCCUUUGGUGGCUGCAUGAGCCAGAUCCUCUGCGUGCAUUUCUUUGGAGGGGGUGAGAUGGUACUUCUUGUAACAAUGGCCUAUGACCGCUAUGUGGCCAUCUGCAGGCCACUCCACUACACCAGCAUCAUGGACACACAGAAGUGCAUCUGGCUCGUUUUGAUAUCGUGGAUCAUUGGAUUUGUGCAUGCCAUAAGUCAACUGAUCCUGAUUUUGGAGCUACCUUUCUGUGGACCUAGAGUGAUAGACAGCUUUUUCUGUGAUAUUCCUUUGGUGAUGAAAUUGGCCUGCGUGAAUACUGAUACUCUGGGAAUCGUGAUAAGUGCUGACAGUGGUGUUUUAGCAACAAGUUGUUUCAUUCUCUUGCUGAUAUCUUACACUUACAUUCUAUUAACUGUUCAGCUUCACUCUAAAGAUGGCUCAUCAAAGGCACUCUCUACCUGUACAUCCCAUAUCAUAGUGGUUGUGCUGUUCUUUGGGCCUUGCAUUUUCAUCUAUUUAUGGCCAGUCAGCAUCACCUGGGUGGACAAGUUUCUUGCUGUGUUUUAUACAGUCAUCACACCUCUCCUGAAUCCAGCAAUCUAUACCUUGAGAAAUAAAGAUAUUAAAAAUGCUGUAAAAAAGCUGAAAAAAUCACAGGUAAAUUUGGAGAUAAUUUUUAGACACCUCUUCUAA